CAACAUGAAGGUCUGGUGGCUCGCCCCACUCAUGCUCUCCGUCGCGUCGGGUUUCGACAAGGAGGGUUUGGUCGCCAAGACGGGGAUCGCUGACGUCGCGGGCACGCGACGCUUUCUGUUCGCGACUGAGCCGACGCCCGACCCGACGCCCAACCCGACGCCCAACGCGACGGUUUGCGUAUCCAAGUCGUCACCACCGGGCUGUACGUAUCUCACACCGAACUGUACCGAUGAGUAUCUUGCAUCGCUGGUCACCCUCCGUUGCUCGGCAAGGUACUGCAACUGCCUUUGCGUCACCAGGUCGUUUCCGCUCAACCCCAUCUCCACCUGCAACACUCAGGCGGAAGUCGAGGCCAUAGUUGCAGACCUGGGUGCAGACCUCUCGACCACCCUCGGCGUCCCCCCGAUGACCUAUGACCAAGUCUGCGAUGCCUUUGAAGCUGGCCAGCUUUCGGUAGCUGGCCUCACUACCUGCAAGGAUAUCGAGGGCCUUAUCAAGCAAGAAGACAAGGUCCCAGCUGGCAUGUGUUUUCCUCCAGGCUUCGGGACCGAAGAGGCCAUUUGCGUUGAACACAACGCAACGCGGCGUUGAAGACGGACGAUUGCGCAGCCGUCGCUAGUCGCUAGCAGCUCCCAUAGUUCAUGGAAGGAGGCGCCGAGGAAACCCUCGGCUCCACAUUCCUUGGGACUGUGAGCCACCUUCCUUGUUUGGACGUUCCUUGUUUGUGUUGGCAGUCUGUUGCUGUGUCAGUACUGGUCCCUCGAGACCGGGAGUGAGAGCGACAU